AUGGAUGGGUCAGAUGAAGUGGAUGAACCCAUAGACGAUGUGGAAGAUUUCCACAUGAGCAGAUGGCACUCACCGUAUCAGCUUUUUGGUAGCGAGAAAAUUCGUGGAUCUGCCAAAAUGCCAGCGAGUCAUAUCGCACGAGAGGACAAUGGUUCGAGAUGA